UUAUCGCUGAACUCUUGACACAGAGAAAAAUCUAAGGAGAGCAGAGCCCACGAUCGGGGAGAUCGGCUAUAAAGCCAGGCAACCUACCCGUCAGCGCCUCAGUCUGAAAUAUCAACUCUGUCGCGAUCGUGCCACUAUAUAGUAAUUAAAAUAUGCUCAAGUAUCUGAUCGUUGCUCUGGCCCUGUGCGCUGUGGCCCAUGCCGAUGGCGAGUGGACCCCCAAGAGCAGCGAGGACAUCAAGAAGAUCCGCGUGGCGUGCCUGAAGGAAAACCCCCUGAGCUCCGAUCAGAUCAACCAGUUGAAGCAGCUGAUCUUCCCCGACGAGGAGGAAGUGCGCAAGUAUCUCACCUGCACGGCCACCAAACUGGACAUCUUCUGCGAACACGAGGGCUACCACGCCGACCGCCUGGCCAAGCAGUUCAAGAUGGAUCUGACCGAGGAGGAGGCGCUGCGGAUUGCCCAGGGAUGCAUCGACAACAACUCCCAGAAGAGCACCGUGGAUGAGUGGGCGUUCCGGGGACACCAGUGCCUCAUGGCCAGCAAGAUCGGUGACAAGGUAAAGGCCUUCGUGCGGGCCAAGCAGGAUGAGGCCAACAAGAAGGCGGCUUAAGAACUCUCCAAAAGGAUCCUGGCUACCAAUAAAGUGUGCUGGAAUAUG